AUGAAACUUUCCAUCAUCACCGGUGCUUUGAUGCUUGCUGGUUACGCCGUGGCGGUUCCCAUGGUGCUUCCAUCAAGUUUCUCUGAAGGCAACAUUGCCCCUUUAUACGUUUCAGACGAAGCAGAAUCGUUGGCCGACUCUUACAUUGUGGUUCUCAAAGAUCAUGUAAACGAUUCUACCAUGGCCCAACACACUAUGUGGAUCAACAACAUGAGUGUACGAACCAAUUCCUUUGUUGAAUGGCUCAAUGGCAACCAAGACAACCACGGCGUUCGCCACGUAUACAACACCCCCACCUUAAAAGGUUACUCUGGCAAAUUUGAUAAGGAGGUGUUGCAACAAAUUCGAAGCUCGGACGAGGUGGCCUAUGUUGAAAAAGAUUCCAUGGUUUAUGCUAGCGAACUCCAGCGUGGGGCUCCGUGGGGUUUGGCUCGUAUCUCGCAUCGCAAAGCUUUAGACUUGCGCACUUUUAGCAAGUACCAGUACGAAAAGGAAGGCGGCGAAGGUGUCAAGGUAUUCGUCAUUGACACCGGUAUCAAUGUACGCCACGUCGAUUUUGAAGGUCGUGCCGCUUGGGGAAAGACGAUCCCUUCCGGUGAUGCCGAUGAAGAUGGUAACGGUCACGGAUCUCAUUGUGCUGGUACCAUUGCCGGUAAGCGAUUCGGUGUGGCCAAGAAGGCCGAACCGGUCGCUGUCAAAGUAUUGCGUUCCAACGGUUCCGGUUCCAUGAGUGACGUUGUCAAGGGCGUCGACUGGGCCACCUCGGAGCAUCUCAGCAUGCAAAAGCAAGCCAAGGAAUCCAACAAACGUUACAAGGGUGCCGUGGCCAACAUGAGUUUGGGUGGUGGAAAAUCGCCCACUCUCGAUAACAUUGUCAAUGGCGCUGUCAAGGCAGGCAUGGUCUUCGCUGUGGCGGCUGGCAAUGAUAACCGCGACGCAUGCAACUAUUCACCUGCCCGAGCCGAACUGGCCAUCACGGUGGGCGCAAGCACCAUUGGCGACGAACGUGCUUACUUCUCCAACUAUGGUUCGUGCGUUGAUGUGUUUGCCCCUGGUCUCAACAUCAAGUCUAUUUGGAACACCAAUGAUCAUGCUACCAAUACCAUUUCCGGUACCUCCAUGGCGUCCCCACACACCGCCGGUUUGGCCGCUUAUCUUCUCAGCUUUGAAGAAGGCAAUCCUACCCCCAAACAAAUCAAGGACAAGAUCAUCUCCAUGGGCACCCGUGAUCGUCUCGCCAACAUUGGCAAGGACUCUCCCAAUAUCCUCAUCUACAAUGGCAUUGAAGAAGAUUAG